UUUUUUCAUUGAUUUAAGGUAGCCAAGAUUAAUCAUUGUUAGAUAAUAUGAUUUUUCUUAUUUAAAAAAAAUCUUUAUAAUUUUAAAAGUUAACAUCGACAAAUAUUUAAAUAAUUUACAUAUGGAAGUAUAGUAUUACAACAUUAAAUUAUAUCUAUUUAAUUUAUACUAUCUAUAAAUCCAAUGGAUCAUCUACUGUUUAAAUCUAGUUAUUAAUGGCCUAAUAAAAAUUUAUGGUAUUUGUAUCUUCUUCUAUAUAUAUAUACUUAGAUUAUUAUUUCAUUAUUAAAAUCGUAACUAUAUAUAUAAAGAUUAGUAAAAUAUUAUUUUAUUAUCAUACUCAAAGAUAUUGUAACAUUUCACAAAUUUAAAAGUUUUUUAAAAAUUAAACUUUUUAGUAAAUCUACUGUCCAAUGUUUAUCCUCUUCAUAACUCUCCCUGCUCUUUAUAAUUGUUACAGGUGGAGGAGAUGAACAAAAUGGUCUCAGAACUCGCUGUAGUAGUUGCAAAAGAGAGUUCUAUGCAAGGAAAAUGCGAAGAUCUUCUGGCCUCCACUGGCAUCAUGCAGAUAAAAGAGUGUAGCCUAAGGACUCAUCUGAUACAAACUAGGAGAGAAGAAGGAGAAGAAGAUGCAGAGGAGGAGACUCCUCCACUGUUGCCACCAAGAAAGUUUCCAUGGCCAUAAAUAACACACUUACAGUUCCACUCCCUCAACACUGAUGACUAAUCAUCACCUGUAAAUUGCUCUUUGAUGCCCUCACAUAUCUCCUUUUGAUUGUUAGAAGUCUUUUUUUUUUCCUUUUGUAUGAAUCACUAGCAUAGGAAAGAAGUGAAAGAUCGCGAGUUCGAAUCGUAGGAAGAGGAAAAAAGCAAUUUAAUUGUUUAACAUGUAAACUCUAAUGUGAGGUGUCUUUGAGGCGUUUUACUUAUAUAGAGUCGAUUAGUUUUACGGUUUAUAACAGAAAAAUAACUUAGGAUUGUUUUUGACUUUUUAUUUAAAUUAAUUUAUCAAAAAUCUAACCGCUUCAUGUAAUCGUUUUAUCAUACGAUGCAAAACGUUUAAAUAAUAAUAACGGAAGAACACAAAAUGAGUCGUUUUGCUUUCACUCAAAAAAGGCCAACAAAUGUUACUACGGACAGUAACAGCCGCCACCGCCGAGACAGCCGUUGCAGUGAUAAACAACAAGAACAGCUUCUUCGAUCUCUUCAAAGCUUCAACUUCACUCUCUCACCUCGCCCAAACCCACGCUCAGAUCAUUCUCCAUGGCCACCAAAACGACAUCCAACUACUCACAAAACUCACCCAACGUCUCUCCGACCUCGGCGCCAUCCCUUACGCUCGCGACCUCGUCCUCUCCUUCCAUAAACCCGACGUCUUCCUCUUCAACGUCCUCAUGCUCGGCUUCUCCAAGAACGGAUCGCCUCACUCUUCUCUCUCUCUCUUCUCCCACUUGAGGAAACACACUGACCUCAAACCCAAUAGCUCCACUUACACGUACGCUAUCUCCGCCGCUUCGAGUAUUCAUGACGAGAGAGCUGGCCGUUCUGUUCAUGGUCAAGCGGUCGUUGAUGGGUUUGACUCGGAACUACACGUCGGGUCCAAUACCGUCAAGAUGUACUUCAAGUUUUCGCGGGUGGAUGAUGCACGGAAGGUGUUCGACAGAAUGUCUGAGAGAGACGUGGUUUUGUGGAAUACUAUGUUAUGUGGAUACAGAGAGAAUGAGAUGUAUGAGGAGUCUGUUAAGGUUUUUAGGGAUUUGAUUAACGAGAGCUGUACUCGUUGGGACUCGACGACUGUGUUGAAUAUACUCCCCGCUGUUGCGGAGUUGCAGGAGCUGAGGGUUGGGAUGCUAAUCCAUAGUCUUGCGAUGAAGACAGGGUGCUACUCCCACGAUUUUGUUCUCACGGGUUUCAUCUCGUUGUACUCGAAAUGUGGAAAGGUUGAAGCUUUGAGUGCUCUGUUUCGAGAGUUUUGUGCACCGGAUGUUGUAGCUUACAAUGCGAUGAUUCACGGGUAUGCUUCUAACGAAGAGACUGAGCUCUCUGUAAGCUUGUUUAGAAAGCUGGUGUUGUCGGGGGAAAGGUUGAACUCAAGCACGCUGGUGAGUUUGAUCCCUGUCUCUGGUGGUCAUCUUAUGCUUGUAUAUGCCAUUCACGGUUACAGCUUGAAAUCAGGUUUCUUGUCUCAUGAAUCUGUCCCAACCGCGUUAACAACGGUUUACAGUAAAAUGGACGAGAUGGAAUCAGCACGGAAGGCUUUUGAUGAGUGUACGCACAAAAGCUUGGCGUCUUGGAACGCAAUGAUCUCGGGUUAUACACAAAACGGGUUGACAGAGGACGCGAUAUCUCUGUUCAGAGAAAUGCAGAAGUCUGAGUUUCGUCCGAACCCGAUCACGAUAACUUGUAUUCUAUCGGCUUGUGCGCAGUUAGGAACGUUGAGCUUGGGGAAAUGGGUGCAUGGUUUAGUAAGGGGUAGCGAUUUUGAGUCUAGCAUAUAUGUGUCUACUGCUUUGAUUGGUAUGUAUGCAAAGUGCGGAAGCAUUGAAGAAGCACGCCGGUUGUUUGACUUGAUGCCGAAGAAGAAUGAAGUUACAUGGAACACAAUGAUCUCCGGUUAUGGGCUCCAUGGACAUGGACAUGAAGCUCUGAAUAUCUUCUCUGAGAUGUUGAGUUCCAGCGUUGCACCGUCCCCAGUCACUUUCCUCUGUGUUCUCUACGCUUGUAGUCAUGCUGGUCUUGUCAAGGAAGGUAAUGAGAUAUUCAAUUCCAUGAUCCACCGGUAUGGUUUCGAACCAACGGUCAAGCAUUACGCAUGCAUGGUUGAUAUUCUUGGCCGAGCAGGACAUUUGCAGAGAGCACUGCAGUUUAUAGAGGCAAUGCCAGUUGAGCCGGAUCCUUCCGUGUGGCAAACACUGCUUGGAGCUUGUAAGAUUCACAAAGACACAAACCUUGCACGUACCGUCUCCGAGAAGCUUUUUGAGCUGGAUCCAGACGAUGCAGCUGAUAGAAACUAUCCACAGGCUGCUACGGUCGGACAAGAAGCAAAGAAGAGGAAACUAGCCAAGGCUCCUGGUUAUACCUUGAUAGAAAUUGGUGAGACGCCUCAUGUGUUUACCUCGGGUGAUCAGUCACAUCCACAGGUAAAAGCAAUAUAUGAGAAGCUAGAGGAGCUCGAAGGGAAGAUGAGGGAAGCUGGGUAUCAACCGGAGACUGAAUUGGCCUUGCACGACGUGGAGGAGGAAGAAAGGGAGCUGAUGGUGAAAUUUCAUAGUGAGAGGCUAGCCAUUGCCUUUGGACUCAUUGUCACCGAACCAGGAACUGAAAUUCGGAUCAUAAAGAAUCUCAGGGUCUGUUUAGACUGUCAUGCCGUAACCAAACUCAUCUCGAAGAUCACAGAGAGAGUGAUAGUUGUAAGAGACGCCAACCGCUUCCACCAUUUCAAAGAUGGUGCUUGUUCUUGCGGAGAUUAUUGGUAGUGACUUGUUUUGGCCGCAAGACAAGUCAUCUUGUACUCAUAAUGUAACAUUACAUCACUCAUAAGUGAUUAUUCUUUAAGUCUUGGUUUCUUGUUAUUCAAAUAAUCUACUUCUAUGGUUUCACAUACAUGGAAAUAAAAGGAACUAUACCGAAACU